UGGCUUGCUGAGCACACUGGGCGCUGUGAGAACCUCAGCAUGCUGCACAGCAGGCAGGUGCCUUUAUUGCAGCUAACUUAUGCCAAUACCCUGAAGCAUCACUACAAGCUUGUCCUGGAGCUUGCAGUCCAUGCAUGCAUAAUGUGCUGCCAGUGCAAGAACCACGAAAAUCACAUCUAGUCCUUCUCCUGGUUGCAUUGCAAUCAAUCAAUCCGCUCCAACGCGGUGUGCCAGUCCGCAGACUCCUGAUGAUGAGCUGCGUGUGGCCAGAUUAUUCAUCAAAAAAAAAAAAAAUGGUUGCAUUGCAAUUUUGGUAACUACAACUGAGUUGGACGAGCGGUUAGAAGCAUGAGGUCACCAGCAGUUGCUAGUUAUUGCAAUAUUGAGGAAUUGCACAACAGACGUAUUCAAUUGGACUGAGCUCCGUUCUUGCACAGUUUUUCUAAAACAACUAUCAUUUAGCUUUAAUCACUUUGAAUUCACUUCUUACUACGGUUCCUCACGCCGAGUCUACUAAGCUGAUCAUGGCGCCAAGAAAAUUCUGUUACGUGGUUCUAAUGGCAAUGAUCUGGGUGCAUUCUCUGGAUGAAGUUACUGCAGUAGGAGCCAGGUCGCUGCUACAAGGCCCUGCUCCCGCACCCGUCGCUCCCACAGGAGCUGCCGCAAGCCCUACAAACCUUACGCCCAUGGCCGCACAAGGCCCUGCUGGGAGCGUCAACGCUACCGCCCUCCUAAAUCUGCCUCAAGUCUGCCUGUUUCAGCAAGGGUUCGUGUACAACAAGACGGGAUCCGGGGCCUCCAAGUUGGGGACGUGCGUUUUUGAAGUGUGGGAUCUGGAGUUCUUGGAGAUCCUCCCUACCAACCCGGUCAUAACGGAAUUGGCAACUGCCCCCGCACACGAGGCCGGCGUAUACUCCCCCUCCGAUAACAGCGUCUUUGUGACGAGCACACUCAACAAAACCACUGGCAAUUCCAUGCUGAUGAAGGUGGACCUGUCGACCGGAGCGGUAACCUACGUCCUCAACCAGACUGCGGGCGCCAAUGGCGCGAUUCUCGCCUCCGACGGCGCCCUGAUCCUCUGUAUGCAAGGCAGUACAGCAAUCCCCGGGCACCUUCUUCGGUUGAAUCUUUCUACCGGGCAGCAAACGGUGAUUGCGGACAACUGGUUUGGAUUAGAGUUCAACAGCCCAAAUGACGUCGUGGAAGGCCCCGACGGCAGCUUUUACUUCACCGACCCUUCGUAUGGCUACGAGCAAGGUUUCAAGAACCCCCCCCAGACGUUCCAGUCCGUGUACCGGGUGCUUCCGUCCGGCCGGGUCGAUGCCGUGGCGGAAGGCCUUUUGAAGCCCAACGGAAUUGCCUUUUCGCCCGACUACGCGCAGUUGGCCGUAACGGAUACCGGAUACGCGAGCGGUUUCGGGACGAAUAACGUCACACGGCCGCAUUCAGUGUACGUGUAUGACGUCACCCCCGGCGGGCGCCUAACUAACAAGCAAUUCUUCGUUUCCACCGCCUCGUAUGAUGCCCCCUACCGGCCCGUCAUUCCGGACGGCAUCAAGGUCGAUUCCGCUAACAGAGUAUACUUGGGGACCGCGGACGGCGUCCAAGUUUUCGACCGGGACGGGAGCCCCCUCGGCUUGAUACGCUAUCCGAACGUCGCCAACUUCGCUCUGGCGGGUCCGGCGCUCAACACACUCGUCCUCUUCAACGAUACCAACAUCGCGACCGUCCAAUUGGCGAGCAGCGUCGUGUCCGCAGGGCAGCCGUACGCGAAGCGGGUUCUCAACAUCAGGCCAUAAGCGAUCACAUAUGCGCCAUAAGCGAUGCGGAGGUGUGGCGUAUGUAGUGUGUUGAAGUGUGGCAUUGAUUUGAAGCUGUAACAUAUGCAGAGGAGUUUGUUGCUUUUCAGUAGGAAGGAGUCCAGGGCAUUGUAACUCCAGGCAUGGGAAAAGUGUAUUGUACAGUGCGGUGGGGAUCAAUCGGAAUGUCUUUGAAGCCUGCCUUGAACCUCCAAUAUCCAAGAAACCAGUCAACUGCAAGAUCUAGGGUGGUUAGCGACCGAUUCAGAGGCCGGCAACAUUCAGCUGGCAGGCGUAAUGAAUAUCAAAACAAAAUGUACAGUAAGUGAAUGCACGUGGUACUACCAAGUUGAGUUCGUUCCGGGUUGUAUAAACUUAGUAGCGCACACGAGACUGCGGACAACUGCGAAUAGAACUGCCAGAUUAGUGGAUCUGUGCGCUCCGACUGGCAAGGCCCGUUGAGGUAGUCGUUCUUGAUUGGAUGUGCUAGAGCUAGAGCAGGAGAUUUGCGUGCAAGUAUUGGCAGCCCGCGGCCCGCGUAUUUUGGAAUUGGUCAGCAAGCGCGCUGACGAAAGACUCCCUGCUAACGGAUUGACUAGAUGCCUCCCACAGCUGUACGACCGACAAUCGGCUCACAGCCUUAACUAGGGAGUUGUCAAAUUGCUAGUACCUUCGUCUGCAUGGGCGGCAGGGACCGAGCAUCAUUAUGAUCGGACUACAAACGAGAAGAACGGG